UGUCAAAAACUUCAUUUUUUGUCCUCUUUCUCAUGCUUUUUGUCCCUUUUCUCAUUACCCUAUCUCCUUUUGAUGGUUUUUUGAAUUAUGCUCUCUCUGUUCUUCUAUUGUCGGUCCAUUGCAUUACUAGGCAUUCAAAAUUGGUGCUUUUGACCUUGUUUUUCAACUUUUCAUGGCUUUUUGAAUCAUGUUUUUAUGUUUUGGCUUCUUCCUCGUUUGAUCAUUCCAUUGCAUUAAUGAAUCGGAUGAAAGUCUUUGUCUUUUCUAUUUAGUUUCGGUUUCUAGUCCUUUUCAUUAAUGGGGUUGUGAAUGCCUUUUAUUGAAUGCAUCUGUUAUACAUUUUCUUUCAACAUUUAUGAUCUCCAUUUUGAGGUUGUAUUGAAAUUUCCGUGGCUCUUUCCUUUUACAACUCCAUGCAUGAAAUCAAGUUCUGUUUUCUUCAACGUGCAUUAAAUUGGUUUAAUUACUUCCACGGUUCCACCACAACUUUUAUUCAUCUAUUCUCUUUUAGUUUCACCUCUUCUGAAGGAAGUUUGUUCAUUUUACGUUUUUUGACCCUUUAAUAAUUUAGUUUCUUUUGUUUGUUAAUGAAGAUAAAGGAACUUCACAUGGGGAGGAAAGGGUGGUUUUCUGCAGUGAAGAAAGUUUUCAUUUCUGAUUCUAAAAAGGAACAGAAACAUCAUCAUCAUAAUAGGUCAAACUCAGGCUUAAACUCAAAGUUUGCAUGUUUUGGGGUUCAUCAUCAUGAGGAUCUAGAAAAUGCACCUGAAAGACGACCAAUUGCCGUUGUUCCCUCACUUCCGCCAAGAAAAGAGAUCAAAGUAAGAAGUGAGACAGAGAGGGAGAAUGAACAGAGCAACCAAGCCUUUUCUCUGGUUUUGGCCACUGCUGUGGCUGCAGGGGCUGCUGUUGCUGCUGCUGCAGAGGUUGCUCGUCUCUCAAACACGCCUCGUGCCAAUGGAAAAAUGAAUCGAGAAGCAGCAGCUAUCAAAAUUCAAACAGCAUACCGUGGAUAUUUGGCAAGAAGAUCCUUGCGUGGGUUGAGAGGUUUGGCGAGGUUGAGAUCAUUGGUGCAAGGGCAAUCUGUUCAACGGCAAGCGGCUAGUACCUUACAAAGCAUGCAAACUCUUUCACGGUUGCAGUCUCAGAUUCGUGCGCGGAAGAUCAAAAUGUCUGAGGAGAAUCAAACUCUUCAACGGCAAUUGCAGCAGAAACGGGAGAAGGAGUAUGACAAGUUGCAAUCUACUCAAAUUGGUGAAAAAUGGGAUGAUAGCAUAAAAUCAAAGGAGGAAGUUGAAGCAAAAUUGGUGCAGAGACAAAUAGCAGCUAUGAGAAGAGAGAAGGCUUUGGCUUAUGCAUCAACACAUCAGCAAACGUGGAAGAACUCUUCAAAAUCUGCUGCAAAUGCCACAUUUAUGGAUCCAAACAAUCCCCACUGGGGAUGGAAUUGGCUAGAGAGAUGGAUGGCUGCAAGGCCAUGGGAGGGCCAAAACAUUACAUACCAAAAUAGCCAUGCAUCUACCAAGGUUGCCUCAAGCAACAACAUGUCAGUUGGUGAGAUCACAAAGUUGUAUUCUCUCCGUGAUCAGAACCAAGAUCUUAAAACCUCCCCAGCAAGCCAAAAACCAACCCGUCCUCCCAGCCACAAUUCCCCUUCAACAACAGCUCCAAAGGCUCCACCAUCCACCAAUGGAACAAAGGCAAAGACACCAUCAAGUCCAAAGGGUGGCUCAUGGGGUGGUGAUGGUGAUUCACACAGCAUGUUUAACAAGGUCUCAGAAAACAACCGUAGACACAGCAUUGGUGUCUCUCCAUUGAGAGAUGAUGAGAGCCAUUCAAGCUCAUCAUGCCGCACAACACCAUCAUCAUCCACAAAGAUUGCAAAGCCAAAGCCAUCAUCCACCACCAAAGUGAGAAGUGCAUCAUUUGGUGUGCAAAGAAAUGGAACAACACCUGAAAAACCAGCUUCUUCUGCUCCUCUCAAGAAGAGGCUUUCUUUCCCAGCUUCUUCUUCUAUUUCAGCAGGCUCAAGAAGGCAUUCUAUUUCAACUAGGCCGGGAAAUGUGGCUCCCAACAAGAAUGUUGCUAUUGCUACGAUCCCCGAGGAGAAAGUGAAAGUGAAAAACGGAGGGAGCAGGUAGGGAUGCAACAUGCAUCAUGCAUGCAUGCCAUUGGGUUGUGUGUGUACUUAGAAUAGAAUUAUGAAUGAAGAUGAAUCAAAUAAAAGGUGGUGUCAUUUUUCAUAGUUGUAUCUAUCAACUUUUUCUUCGCAAGCCAUCAUAUUCUUGGUGCCAAAGGGAGGAAGAUAGAAUAAAAUUUGCUGAUCAAGUAAUCAUUUAAUUCCUACAGUUGUCUUCAUAAUCAAUGCAGACAACUUUUUCUUUUACUUCUUAACUUAUUGUAGUAGUGUUGUUUGUCAUGUUACAUAACAGAUGGGUUUUGGGGGGUGAUACUAGUUUCAUGGCAAUAUAUAUUUUUCCAUGUAAACUUGUACUUAAUUCAUUAAGUAUUCUGUUUGUAAAGUAUAUAUCAAUUAUUCAAGUUCUAGACCAUGGUUCCUGGCUGUGAGUCUGUGUGACCAA